ACCUAGUAAAGCAUUCUUGCUUAUGUCAUUUUUGUGACUCAAAAAAAAGUUCAAAGUGCCCCUCCCCCGCCAUUCACCAUUCUCUCAUAUCAUCAUCCCCGUUAAAAGCUUCUGAAAGCUUCCAAGACAACAACGCGAUCGUAGUAGGCAAUCGUAGUAGACAAUCUGUAUAAAAAACGAAACUAGCUCUGGAGCUGCAGCUGCAGAUCGGAAACCAUGGCCGAGUCGCAACCAAAACCACCGCUACUCCCUCAGCCUGGCAAGCAGAAUAUCCUAAUUACUAGUGCUCUCCCUUAUGCAAACAAUGUUCCUCAUCUCGGAAAUAUCAUUGGUAGCGUUCUUUCUGCAGAUGUGUUCGCUCGUUUCUGCAGAGCCCGAGAUAUCCCAACCCUAUUUGUCUGCGGUACAGAUGAAUAUGGCACUGCUACCGAGACCCAAGCUCUGGCCGAAGGCGUAGACCCUGCCACCUUAUGCGCAAAAUACAAUGCCAUUCAUCGAGAAAUAUACGCAUGGUUCAAUAUCGAAUUCGACAUCUUCAGCCGAACCCCAACCCCACAACACACCGAAAUUGUCCAAGCCAUGUUUACCAAGCUUUGGGAGAAUGGCUUCAUUGAGCAGCGAGAGACUGAACAGGCUUACUGCCCUACCCAUUCAUCCUUCUUGGCUGAUCGCUUUGUAGAGGGCGAGUGCAGUCUAUGUCAUGCCCCGGGUGCACGUGGAGAUCAGUGCGAUGCCUGUGGAAACCUUCUUGACCCCUUAGAGCCUGUCGAGGACACGAAGGCUGAAUCCGGAGAAGAUAGAAAAGCGACAGGCUGGUUGUUAAACCCUCGUUGCAAACUUGACGGCACAACGCCAGAACGACGGAGAACAAAGCACCUUUAUCUUCGUCUAGAUGCAUUGCAACCCGAGAUCAAAUCCUGGAUCGAAACUGCUAGUAACAGCAAGGAAUGGAGCUCUAAUGCGAUUGCAAUCACUCAGUCGUGGCUCACUGACGGACUCAAGCCGCGGAGCAUCACGAGAGAUCUCAAGUGGGGUGUACCAGUUCCCACGAAUAUUCCAGAUUUGUCCAAGGAUGACUACCAAAACAAAGUCUUCUACGUUUGGUUUGAUGCCUGCAUUGGUUAUCCAUCCAUUACCAAAUGCUAUACCGAUGGAGAUGACCUAUCCGGCAAGAAUUGGGAGCAGUGGUGGAAGAAUCCCGACAAUGUAUCACUUUAUCAGUUUAUGGGCAAGGACAAUGUUCCAUUCCACAGUAUUAUCUUCCCAGGAUCUCAGCUUGGCACCAGAGAAAAAUGGACACAAGUCACAAAACUGUCUACUACUGAGUAUCUAAACUACGAGGGUGGCAAGUUCAGCAAGUCAAAAAGCGUUGGCGUGUUCGGAAACAGUGCGAAAGAUACUGGCGUUCCAGUAGAUGUGUGGAGAUACUAUCUGCUGUCGAGGCGUCCGGAGACUAGCGAUUCGGAGUUCAGUUGGCGAGAAUUUGUCGACGCCAACAACAACGACCUAUUGAAGAACCUCGGAAACUUCUGCAAUCGUGUUGUCAAGUUUUGCCAUGCCAAGUUGAACGGCGUUGUACCUGACUAUAGUACCUACAAGGACUCUGGCGAUCUACUGAAGCAGUACAAAGAAGAGGUCAACACCCUUCUCCAGACCUAUAUUUCAAACCUCAAGGCCACUAAGCUACGGGCUGGCCUUUCAACAGUUCUCAGCAUUUCGGGUUUGGGUAACAAGCUCCUGCAAGACAACAAGCUUAGCAACCAGCUUCUAUCUGAAGAUCCGGAUCGCUGUGCAGCAGUCGUUGGUUUGGCGCUCAAUCAACUACACCUUCUCGCAAACCUCAUUUUUCCGUAUAUGCCAGGAACAACCUUUGAGAUUCUCGCCCAACUUGGCAUUAGCGACUCUCACACUAGGGAUAUCAACAUUCCAGACACAUGGAAGACUGACAUCAUACCACCUGGCCAAACCCUUGGGGAAGCCAAGCUUCUUUUCUCUAUUAUUCCCUCAGAAAAGGCCGACGAAUGGCGCGAAGCAUUUGGUGGGGAAGAACUUCGGAAGCAGAAAGCAAUCGAAAUGGAGAAGGCUGCUGCUAAGAAGGUGGCAAAAGAGAAGGAGAAGGAGAGGAAGCGGUUGAAGAAACUAGGGCUUGCUGGGUUGCAAGGGAGUGCUUCAAAGGCCCCAUCAGAAGAACUAAAAAAUCUAAAAAUUGAGGAUAAUGCAGCUGGAAAGCAAUGAUGGGAAGAAUAAAAGCAGCGGUAGAGCUUAGCGAAUACGAUGCUAUGGGUAGGGCGCUGGUAUAGAGGCUUCUACAGAGAGCAACCAUGAUCUGAUUGGGUUUAAAUCGUACUAUAGGCAGUUAUUACUUACCUAGGCUAGGUAUUAAAAGAAGUGAUAGUAGCUUCG